AUGGAAUCCACACCAAGUUUCGAAAGUGAAUGGAUCGCCAUGGUGGCCAACUCAUCAAAAUCAGGAAAAACAAUUCCACACGGUCUCGGAGAGCUUCCUCUCCUGGUAAAGGUUGAAGCCAAAACAACAGACGGAUGGAUUUUUCCUGGUUUUGGAUCCGCUCAAACUGAUGACGAUGACGGUUCCUUAUACGGUGGGGUCGUUUUUAUAUAUGAUGACAAAAAUAUCAACAUAGCGGUUCCCAAAUGGAACAACUAUAUCAGAAAUACGACUUGGACAGCUUUGUAUACAGGAAAUCGGGAAAAAUGGAUUGGACCAGCUCAGAUUGGUAGAACUUACAUUUCUGUUCUGGUUCGGGCGAAAGCGUGGCGAUCUCUUGACUUUCCAACAGCUUCUUUUGAAAGUGAGGCAUUAUCCGUAGAGAAAGGGCAAUGCGUCAAUACGACAGUGCAGCAUUCAAUGGGUAAAUACCCUGACCUUGUGCUGGUUCAGAUUCAGACCCCUGUAGGAACAUUUCAAGGUCAAGGCUUGUCCUCUCGACCUAUGGCUUCUACCGCUUCCCAUAUAGGAGGACUUCUCUUUGGAUUCAACCACACACACGUCCAAUUGUGGUCGGCGUGUAACAUUAGUGGAAAGCUGAAAGGGUUAGGGUUAUUAUGCGUUGCUGAUGGCUGGGGAGGUGGAAGGUUCCUAAGUGACACAGGAUCUAUAAUCAUAAAGACUUGGGAUUUGGGCACGAGCAUUGAACGAUUUCAAAUAUCAGACCUCGAGACCAAGGAUUAUAUUUUACCAUAUCAAUACACGAGGACACUAAGUCCUAUCCUCUCUGCUCAGAUCGAAGUAAAAGACGGUCCUAACAAAAAUUACCGAUUUGACGGUGUUGGUUCAGUAAUGACUGAGUUUGUACCUUAUGGUGGACUUGUAUAUGGAUACAGUGAAACAUCGGUUGCUUUCUGGGUUCCCCACCUAAACAAGAGAAAAAUAAAUGAAGCUGCAAUCUUCAUGAUGGGGGAGAUGUGGGGAUGGGGUUACAAGGAACAGAUGACCAACAACGUGGAUAUCAUAAUCAGCGUUCACAAUGCAAAGGUGCCUAUCUGCAUUUACAGACCCGAAACAAACAUCAAGGUAUCAGUUAUCAAAAAAUACAACAAUUAUAAUGAAUCAAUUUAUGCUCGUGGCGAUGAGAUUCAUCUGCAAUGCAUGAUGGGAUACCGUUACUUGGCGGGAAACACCACACUAACAUGUACUGAAGCUGGAGACUGGAAUGGUGAAAUACUGACGUGUGAAGUUAUAACAUGCCCAGAGACUAACAUCAGCUAUGCUGAGAUUCUUUACCAAAACUUCAGUAUUGGAGGAUUGGUGAAAUACAAAUGUAUUCCUGGAAGUCGGCACAAAGAAGGAAACCUUAAUCGAACAUGUACCGAUGAAGGAGAAUGGAAUGAGGACCCUCCAGUUUGUGAAAAGUGUAAGUGCCCUUGCGGCAUGGUUGGCUCUAAGCCCAUCAAGGAACAUGAAAUAGAAAAACUUCAUCAGCGAUUAAAGGAGUUGAAAUCGAAUUUGGUUGUUCUGAAGAAUACUACGUCAAGGGCCAUCAGGAAAAGGAUAAGUGCAACCGACGUCCGACCCUCAGCAAUGGGGGCGGGGGCUAUUCUUGGAGUGGGAAUUUUGUUGGUUGUCAUUGGGAGCAUCAUUAUCAGUGAUCUCCCAAAAGUGUGGUCAUUCCUAUUUCCACGGAAAGAAAUCUAG